AUGUCAAUUGAUGCGUGGAUACCGUUUACAUUAGCUUUGGGGUCAUUUUGUAGUGUAUCUAUAAUAAGGGUUUCAGUCGAUCAGAACACAAAAACCUCGAAAUUGAUCAUGAAUUCCAACACCCAGAACUUAGAAAUCUUCAUACAAGCCCCAGAUCUUCAAAUCCCAACUCGUGCCCUAACCCUAACCCCUAAUCUCACCAUCCGCAACCUCAAACUAUCUUUCCUUUCCCAAAUUAGCUCAAUCCAUCAAACCCUUGUAUCCUCCAGUUUCUUAACCGUGAACGGCCGCCUUCUCUCAGAUUCCGACACCGUUGAAAACUCCGGAGUCACAAGUUUAUCGACGCUCAGCCUUCGAUUUCGUCUCUCUGGCGGCGGAGGUGAUGGCGGUGCUACGGGGGCGGAAUCCCGUGACUGUUAUCUCAACAUGUAUGCCGAAAAGAAGCCUGAUAAAUGUGACCCGAAUGAACAGAGGCUAUCAAAAUGGUUGAAUUGUGCGUUAUCAAACGAGCCCUUGAAGCAUCCUAUUGUAGUUGAUUAUCUAGGAAAUCUGUUCAAUAAACAACCUUUAGUCGAGGCAUUGCUAAUGAAAAAAUUGCCAAAAGCGUUCUCUCAUAUAAAGGGUUUGAAGGACAUGAUAGCAGUCGAGCUUGCUGCUAUACCUGGAUCAGAUUCUCCUAGCAGCGGUGAUGUGAAGUUUCAAUGUCCAAUCACAGGGAUGGAGUUCAACGAUUUUGCGGAAUCUGACAAGAUUGUGAUCAAUGGGAAUGAAGAAGAGGUGAUUUUGUUGAGAGAGAAGAUGGAGAUUGAGAAGAUGAAGUUAAGAGAGAAGAAAGUGAAGAAAGUGAAGAAUGGAGAGACAGGUGUUUGUGAUGAUGGAGUUAAGUUGAGUGGGACUAAACAUGGGAUUGUUGAUUUGAAGGGUCCUCAGAAGGUUUCAGGUAAGAUUGAAACAAAUGGGAAAGAUGUUAAUGGUUUAAAGGCGAAUGGGAAACGUUUUAAAGCAGGGGAUAGUGCUCCUGCACAUGCGAAUAAGGAAGUUUAUGCAUCGAUUUUCACAUCUUCAAGAAAAUCUGAGUUUAAAGAAACGUAUUCUUGCAGAUCUUUGCCACUUGGUAGGAACUGA